UUGUUAUUUAUAUAUUUGUCAACUUUCGCAAUACUAAUAUUUUCAAUGAUAUUUUAACAAAAAGUGAUCUUCCAGUGAUAUAUUUUACUCAUUCAACUCAACCAGAAUAACAUACAGUAGUUUAAAGGUAAAAAUAUUAUUGGAUGAUUGGGUGAAUGGGACACCAUGUCUCUAAAGAUAAAAAAAGGUCAUCGAAUAACUUGACCACACCAAAAGGAAAAAAGUCAGCCAAAAAACCAGGUGGUUUGUUAUCCUCUUCAAAGGGGGCAGGUCAGCCCAAAGGUGCUACUGAAACAUCAAAAAGGAAAAUGCCUUUCCUAAGAUUUCAAAGUUCACAAGCGAAGAAACGCUACCAGGACCAAAUGUUUGAGGCUGAGAAUAACCCAGAACCAAAUAUUGAUGUUUCCAACUGUGAACUUGAUGAGAUACCAGAUGAUUUAUAUUCCACAUGUAACUACUUACAGAAAGAGGCCUUAUUAUUAAAUAACAACUGGUUAUCUGGAAUCGACAAACCAGAGAGAUUAAAUGAUUUUAGGACACUCAGGGUAUUGGAUUUACAUCACAAUGAAAUCAAAAAUUUGCCUGAGAAUAUUCAUCAGCUUGAAAAUUUACAGGUAUUGAAUUUAGAAAACAACAAAUUAUCAAAGCUACCAUCAUCUAUUGGUAAAUUACGGCAUCUACAAACACUCAAUAUUAAAUCCAAUAGAUUACAUAGCUUUCCCGAAGAGAUAUGCAAUUUGAAGAGUUUACGGACACUAGAUAUUUCUGGAAAUAAGAUUGUGAGAUUGUCUAAACAGUUCUACAAAGUCAGGACUUUAGAGACAUUAAUAUUAGAUCCAGAACAGAUGCACUACCCACCUAGUGAUGAGUGUUGUAAAGGUACAGAAGCAAUCAUGAUAUUUAUUUGCUCAGAUAACCAAAUAGAAUACAUACCUCCAUCAAAUUUUCUGUUGGACGUGUUAGAUAUUCCUACAUCCCCAAGCAAAGUCAGUCAAUCAUUAGCAAAACAUCUAAGAGACGAAGAAAGUUUACAGAAAUCUGUAGAUGAUUACAACACACAGAUGGAUAGAAAAAGACAAGAAUUCGCUGAUAUAGAAAGAAAAAUGCAGCAGGAAGAGAACGAACAGGCAGAGAUCGCAGUGAAGAUGAAUAUAAAUAGGAACAAAUAUCUGGAUGAAGUGGUUCAGGAUAGUGACAAGAUGGACAAAGAAUUAGAGGAAAUUUCUCAAAAAAAGGAUGAAGAAAGAAGAAAAUUAUUACUGGAAUUAGAAAAGAUUGAGAAUGGAGUGAAUCGACUGAUAGAAGAUAUGAUGAUGGAGAACAAGAGAGUAAAACAGGUUGAGCAAUGGAUUGAUCAGUUGGAAGAGGAGAGAAUGAAAGAUGAUGAUUGGUGUAGUGUUCAGUAUGAAGAGUAUCAGAAAUUACGGAAGCAAGAAAUUUUAGAUAAUAUGCAGAAUCUAUUAAAUGAUAUAAAUGCACAUGAAACGUUAAGACUGCAGAAUUUAGGACUAAAGGAUGAAACAAUGAAGCUAGCAUUACACAGCGAAGAAGUUGCUUCUUAUCAACAAGUAGAAGAUGUAUUAUUGAACAAAGAAAUAGGACACACAGUAGUUACAGAUUUAUAUAUACAACAGGGAAAAGCCCAGAGAGAUGCAUUUGAGGUAUUACAGUUACAAAAAGAUGCUAGAAUCCAGAGAAUAACUGAACAGAUAGCUAUGAUUGAAGAAGAGCUUUAUAAUCUUACUCUGGUUGAAUUAGAGAAAAGACAGAUGAAGGCUACCUUGGAAGCUAGCUUAUUAGAAGAGAAGAGACACUCAUUAAUCAAAAUGUUGGAACAAUUGAUGGAAGAACAAGAAAAUAGAAGAAUGGAAUUGAAGAAAAGAUUGAUUGAAAUGGAACAACAGAAAGAUGACGAUCAAACAGAUUAUUGGUUGGUGCAAUAUCAAAGACUGUUAGAUAGUAAACCACAGGCUGUUAUUGAUAGGGAAAGGCAGUUAGCUACAGAUGUUGUGACUAUAUUAGAGGAUUCCAGGGCAGGAGAAUAUAUCCCUAUUUUUACACGACAUAGAAUGACUCCAGAAACUAUUUUAGAUAUAACUGAUGAUGAGCUUAAACAGAUUGGAGUUCAUGAACUUGGUCCUAGAAAAGCUAUUUUGAAGAAUAUAAACAAAUACAGAGCUCAACAAAAAUUGGGUAAUGGCAAAGAAAGUGCAGCUAAUUUAAUUAAUAAAGAAAAGGAAGCCAUGUUGGCUGAAAAGGGAGAGCACCCUCAACCAACAGCUCCACCUACAGAUGAGACAGCUCAACCAUUUUUAAGGCGUUCAACAUCAAGACAAGCAUCUAUAUUAGCCAGGGGAGUUAACUCCGAAUGUGUUGUAUGCAUGGAUAACCAGUCUGAUGUCAUAUUUUUGAAGUGUGGACAUGUGUGUACUUGUCAGAAAUGCUCAGAACCACUUAAUCAAUGUCCUCUGUGCCGUGGAGAAAUUGUUAGCAGAAUUAAACUGUUGUCCAAUCCAAGAUAGAACUUUAAAAUGCAUGGUAGUGCUUUAAUGACAACUCAGUCCAUAUUGGACAGAUCUAUAUCUAGUAUUGAAAUGUUAUUUUUUUCUCAAUGUGAUUAUGGAAGUUGUCUUGAUUUUGCAAAGAAAAUGAAAGACGUGUUUAAAGUUUGUUUGUUACAUAUAUUUAAGUUUUUGGAUUUUGUCUUUUACUAUGUGGAUUAUGGCAAAAAUUGGAUAUGUUAAACCAUUUAUUUGUUAUUUAAGGUAUUAGUUUCGUCUUUUUCUCUGCAAAAUCAAGACAAAGUUAUAAAAUGUUGUGAAAUUUAUUUCAGUUUUCAGUCUGUCUUUAAAAAUACAUCAUUGACAGUGAAUUCAUUUAUUUUCAUGGGUUCAAAUUUUUUUGGAACCAGGAAAAUUUGUUACUUUGUGGAUGCGUGAUUUUGUCGUUUUCACAGAUUCUGCAUAGAUGCCAACAAGGAAUUUUGAAAUUCUUUACCCAUAAAAUCCACGAAAAGUUAGAAUCCCAGGAAUAACAAUGAAUUCAGUGUAAACAUUGUUGUGAAAUUUAUUUAAUGUUUUUAAGUCUGUAUUUAUAAAUAUAUUACAGUUAAUGAUCUUGUACUGAAUGUAACCCUGUGUUGUUAAUAUUUUUUUUACACUUAUUGCUAAAUGUAAAAUAAUUCCUUACAUGCAGUUAUUUUGUAUAUUAACAAAAAAUUGUAAACAAAAAAGGAAAUUAAAAAAUAUUACUUAUGUUCUUUCAAAUUUUCUUAAGUAGUAUGGGAAGUAUUAAUAAGAAUUAGGACUGUAAAUUUAGAACUUGUGCACUAGCCAAAAGUUGACCUUGUACUGUGUUGCUUGUUAUGUUUAGGCUGUUUUGGUUUUCAUGCUCUGAAAUGUUUUAUAUUUUUGGUCUAGUCACUGCCGGUGUUGUAAUAAAAUUGCUUAAGUAAUUUUAGCCGAUUGAGCCAUAUUUAUUUCAACAAUUAUAAAUUUGAUAUAAUUUUUUUUUUUAAAGUUCACCAUUACCAUUAACAAAUUUGGACAAUGGUGACCUGCUUUUAUGCUGUUUUAAUUUUAACAAUUGAAAAAAGAUAUAAUUAUCACAUUUUUCCACUACAUUCAUUAACUACCAAAGUUAUUACAAGUUUUACCUGAUGUGAAUCACUUAAUUCAAGAAUUUAAGUUUGUCUGCAAUUGCAAGAAAUAUAUCGUUUUCUUGAGAGAGAAAAUCAUUCAUCACUUAAGAAAACAUUUGAUGUCACAUACCAAAAGUGAUUGUUUUGCAUACAUAAUAAUGCCUAAUGUCAUAAAAUUAUGGCUAGCCGUUUUAAAUUCAUGGAACUUAAAAACUCAUAUAUUUAUUAUUUCUUGCAAACGAAGACAACAGCAUAUUAAAGGUCAGUAUAUAUAAGAUAUAUAAGGUGAAAUUUGCCAUCUGUCAGAUAAUCGCAGGAAUAUAUGUAUACAUUUUUGCGAGGAUUAAGUGUACAUUAUAUAAAUGUUAAACUCUAGAAAUGUCGAUGGUGAUAACAUGUAUGAGGGGGGGGGGGGGAGAGGGGGUCUCAUCCCGAUUUCCCGGUUUUAAAAUCAGAAAAUCCCGAAAUCCCGGACAUAUUUUGUUAAAAAUCCCGAUCCCGAUUAAUUUGUUCCCCAAUUUUAAAGUUUAAAGUUUCAAUGCUUACGAUUUAAAUGUCUCGGGUAUGAUUGAUGUUCAAAGUCUUUCAGCGUAACCAAUCUGAAUAUGUAUUAUCAAUAUUACCGUGACGUCAAGCUGCAUAUAAGCAUUUUUGUUCUCAUAAAUCUUCAGUAGCCAGUCAGAAAAUUUGCCAAAUUCCAGUUCAAGUCAAUACAAGAACCUAUAUGACAAGCACUGGAAUCGUUUUUUAACGGAGAGAAAUUUGAAUCUAUUGAGUCACCAUUCGAAAAACCACUGAACGAAGGAUCAACCAAUUUGCAGACAUAAACAGAACUACAAAUGUCACUUGAGAGAUUUAUAAAGUAGUCGAAACGCUGCUUUAUAUUAUAAAAUUAAAAAAAAUACCCGAUUUUAAGAUACUUGUUAGGAUAAAUGAUUAUGCUUAGGGCUGUAUGCAACUACACAACUGAUCACCAACAAGAAGCUGAUCGACCAACCUUGGGAAAAUCAAUAAUGAUGAAUAAUGGGUCAAUUUUCUAGUAGUGAUUGACAGGUAUGAAUUAAUGUUGAGGCUCUUGUGGGGACACAAUUUAGAAAAGUAGAAAGUUAAACUUAUUUUAUGUAGAAAACAUGUUUUAAAAAUAAAAAUUAUCAAGAUAGUCCGUGACUUUAACAAUUUUGUGAAAUUUCUUUUUUUUUGGUCCAUUAGAGAUUUCAAAAUGUACAGUGUUAGUGCUAUAAAUAAUAAGCCAGUCUUGAUGAUAUUCGUAAAGUAAUUGAGGACCUGAUGUGAGCUCAAAGCUUAUCUCUAAACUUACUGUUACAUGUACUCUGAUCUGGAUCUACUCUCUUUCUAGAUGCGAUUCUGAUUGAAGUAUAAUGAAAAUGGCACUUUUAUCUGUCCUAGGUACAGUUUUUUGUCAAUCCCGUUAUAUUUCAACAUAAAAAUCCCGAUUUCCCAUGGCUAAAAACGUGGCUUUCCCGCAUCCCGAUGUUUUUCUAUCCCGAAUUCCCCAUCUUUAAACAAGGCAAUCCCGAUUUCCCGUUGCUAAAAUCGGCCGAUCCUGGCGUCCUGAAAAUGGUCUCGCCCUCCCCUCAUGUAUUAAAAUUAUUAAGAGAAAACUGUUAUUACCUCUACAUUGUUGAUCUAUGUUAAUUUCUUUUUUUAUUGAUCAAUCCUGUAUUAGUUGGUGCAAUGAAUAUUUUGUUGUUGUAUUUAUUUUUUUCAUUUCUUGAAGAGAUAUAAUUUAGUUAUAUGGAUGUAUCUAAAUAUCUGCACUUUUAAUCAUAUUUAUACAAAUAAAAAAUGUUUAUAUGAUCUUUCACCGUCAUAUUUAUUGUUCCUUCAGCUCGCUGAAACCCAUAUGAUUUUACUCAGUAUAUUGUCUCACAUACAUGAACCCCAUAUCUUUGCAUUUUUAUAUUUUCAUAAUUUUUCUUUAACUGGUUGUGAUGAUCUAUGAAUUCAUAACAAUUUGAGGCAGAGUGGAAUCAGAGUGUGAGGUGAUGAGCAUGUUAUCCUUUAAUUAUUGGAGAAGCAGAAAAUAUCCCCAAAAAUUCCUUACCAAAAAUUGCAAAAUUUGACAUUUUUUCAUUGGAUUAACCUUGGUGACCACCUUCAAUGUUCAUAGCAAAACCAUUUUCCUGGAUCUGGCCCUGUUUUCAUGAAGUUCAAGGGCAAACCAUGAAUUUAAGGUGAUAUAUAACACAUAAGAGAAAUAAAGUCUACAGAAUGUUUAUAAAACAUAAUUCUUGAUAACAUUGACUAAAAUUUUCAAAGCAAACGACAUUUCUUAUUUUGGCUAUUUGAUAUAUAGUGUGGAAUUCUCUUGGCUUGAUUGUAAUAACGUUUUGAAAUUUCGUGAGCUAAAUUUUUAUGGACUCGAAUAAAAAUUUGAAAAAAAGAAAAAGAAAAUAGAAUAUUAUGUAAACAAAUUCAGCUUGUUUUGUACAUAUGUGUAAAUCACAUGUACCUCCUUUACAAAGAACAAACAUUUUGCUUACUUUGUAAGUAAAAAAAUAAGAAAAAAAGAAACUACUUUUCUUCUAGAUUGUGUGAAAAUUGGUACAGUGAUAAGGGGUAUAUGUCAAUGAGACAGCAAUCCAUCAACAAAAAUGUCCAAAAGAAAUCUACAAGCAAUCUUCACAAUUAGACAGGUGUGUACACAGUAUGUCAAACUCUAAAUCGCCCUGAAUCUAUAAAGUUGUGAAUAAAUUAAACGGAAGCAGUAAAAACAAUAAACAUUAAUAAAUGACAUAUGACAAUAACCCUUACAUUUACUGAAGCAACUACUGACUGUGUUGUACAUUCAAAACUAAAUGCAUUCUUAGUACUGCUUUGGAAACCAUAAGCUAUUUUCAAUUUUUCCAAAAAAAACUUGUAUUGUAUAUAUAAAUGAAUAUAUAUUAUUUAUUUUCUUACACUAAAAAAUAAUAAGUAAAUUUUUAUGUAAUUAUGAAAAUAUAUGUAUAAAAGAACAAUAUAUCUCUUUUAUUUAUGUUGUACAUUAUGUAAUAAACACACAAACUUUACUUUAAUUACUAACAUUCAAACAAUUAUUUCUUGAUUCUAAUAAAAUAAUAUAUAUGAUCAAGAUUUUUAUCAAUUACUAUCAAAAUUGAUAUUUUAAAUUUAUAAUUUAUAGAUAUUUGGAUCAUUUUACUUUAAACCUUAUACAGGUGUUUAACAUUUUCUUGCAGCUAAGUCAAUUCUAUUUUUAAUUUUAUGAAGAGCUGUUUUACACAAUAUCAGGUUUAACUGGGGUAAAUCUGAGGUAAAAUUAACCUAAUCACCUGGUAAAUAUUGAUAUACAAUAACAAACACAUUUUUGUUGGUUUUGCUUAAUUUUGAAGGCUGUGCAGUGACUUUUAGUUGCUUAUAUCAAGGUCAUUGAUGACUGUUGGGUAAUUGUCUCAUAUGUAAUCAUACCAAAUUUUUUUUUCUUUUGUAUCUUGGUAAAAUUCAAAUUAAUACGAUCAGUUGCAAGAAAAUAAAGAGCACUUAUAUUGGUUUUGGAGUAAACUUCUAGAUGUCUAAUUUUGGUCAGAUUGUGUUGUUGAGUUGCUGUCUCAUCGAUAAGAACUUGGACAAUCAAUCAAUUUGCAAAUUGGAUGCUGCUGCAAAAAAUUACCAUUUAUGGUAUUCUUUGUAGAUUCAUUCUUCUAAAUUGAAUGAAUUUUUUAGUCUAAAAUCCUAGAGGGGUUUGGUCAAGAGUUUUUUUAUCUUCACAAAAUCUUGCAUCUCUUUUACUGAAGUCCAUUAUUGCAAUAGCAGUUGUUAACAAUUUCCUUUACACAAAUUAGGGCUUUAUUUUCAUAAAAAAAGUGAAGAAACCAUCAUGUUAAAUCAUGUUUUCAGAUAUCUUUGUCAAAUUUUGAAUGAACUGCGCAUGUUUAAAGCUUUUCAGUUGUACAGGUAUUUUUCUAGUCAAUGUUUUUAAUCAUACAUGUGCAUGCAAGUAGAAAAUGUCUUUUACAAAAUAGUUAAAUGUUGAAUAUUUAAGUUUGACAUUAAGGAAUUAAUUUAAGUUGAAAGUUGUACUGCUGCUAAAUGGUAAACCUUUGAUCUUAAAUGAAUUUUUACAACCAAAACCAAACAUGUAUUAACCAAUUUUUCUUGCAACUAGUCAUUGUACCCAUAUUUGAAUUUUUAUCUUCAGCUGUUUAUUCAAAAUCUAUAUUGAACAGAAGAAUCAGCUGGUUUCAAAACUUGACCCUUGACCUUAGAUUUCACCAGAAAAAAUUAAGUUUCAUCAAAUGAUAUUAUUUAAAACAGCUCUUGAUAGAAUUAGAAAGGAAAUUGACCACUUUCAAGAAAAUUGGUUAACACAUUCAUGGUUUCAGUUUUUAGGUAAAGAAAUUGUAUAUUGUCAAGCAGGGACAGUAACUUAAAGAUUUAUGAUGAAAGUAUAUGAGAUCAAUUACAUAAUACUUUAUUAAUUUUCACCUGAUAUGUGUGUAAACAGCUAUGUAACUUAAUGAUAUCCAAUUUAAAAAGUUUUAAAGUAUUGUAGGUAGUCUAACUGAUUUUUAAUUUACUAAUUUUUUUUUUAUUCUCAUUAUUUUCAAAGGAGUACCAUUUAGAUAUGAAUCCUUAUGUUCCUUGUAAACAGAAUGUCCUUUAGUUAUAUUUCUCGCUGCAUUGAAGACCUGUUGGUGACCUUCUGCUGUUGUCUGUUCUAUGGUCGGGUUGUUGUCUCUUUGACACAUUCCCCAUUUUCAUUCUCAAUUUUACAUUUUAUUGUCAUGCACCAAAGUUACCAUUAACGUCAUUUGGGAAGAUUUUUUAACCAUUAUUUGUCAUGAAGGUACCCCAAUUACGACCCUCAUGUAGCCACUGAGGUCAGGUUCAAUCAGGCAAAAUCAAUCAAGUAAUACUGAUUAAUCAAAUUGAAGGCUAUCUUAUACCAAUAAUUUUAAAUAACAAGACUUAUUUUAUGUUUUAUGUUCAUAAAAGAAAUCAUUCAAAAUUUACAGAAGACCAUUUGUUGCUUCCCUUGCUGUUCCAAAGCUCAACAGAAGUGGUUAUUCUAUAAAAUAAUGUAACCAGAAUUUUGUGUGCUAGGAAACAAAUUUAUUUUUAGAAAGAAAGAAAAAAUGGAAUAUAAAGUCCAGUAAAAAAAUUGAUUUAGAAAAUAAAAAUAUAUUUUAUAAAUAAUUGAAAUAAAAAGAUCCCUGCAACAAUAUAUACAGCAUUUAAAAAAAAACAAUGUCACAGUUUUUGCUAAUGCUGUAAUUUGAUUGACCCAUAGGUAAUAUCUUACAAAUGAACUCCACAGACUUAUCUUAAUUUGUUUAUACAUGUAGUUGUCCCAUAAAUUUUAUAUAUGUAUUAUCCUUGAUCUUAUGUUUUAUACUGUUCUGAAUAAACAAUAUUAUGAAGAU